UGCCUAAUCCUGACCCGCUUCUUUCCUCUUUCACCACCACCAUGUCUUCUCCGAUUUUCUGGUACCAUCUCGUUCGUGCAAGUCCUCACUGUCGGUAUUUCAGAUAUACCAGAACCUUCAAGAUCUUAGCAUGAUAGGAUUUGUUUAUGGCCCUAGAACAAAAAAUGAUGCAGAAUCCUUUGGUCCACUAUCACGGACGUCAAAUAUACCAACAGCAAAGUCUUACUCGAGGCCACAAAGCCCUUCCGAAGACAGUCAUCGUGCUCCCUUGGAAUCUCACUUGUUCUUAUUUACCUCGGCAUAGGCGAAUCGAGAAACAUGUGUGGUAUAUCGGUACACUUUUCACGAGGAGACUGUAUUUUUGCGUGUCUUGAAAAUAUUGAACAACCAAGAAAGAUAUGAUUAGCAUAGCGGAGAACAUGAUAGAGAGACACCGUAAUUCAAUGAAGUUCGACUACCACUGGAAAAAAGAGAUGUUUGCGGGGCCCGGUGAUCUGGAUGCGGUUGGUAUCAUUCGCAUGUGCGACCCAUCAUCAUGUCAAUUUUACAUCAUCCUUUGCGAAGGAGUGACAGGAUCUCCACGUUGCAGAUAUCGGUAUUCCUAGGGGUUGAAACAUGCAGGAUAAUAUAAAUAUGCGAGCAGAGAAGACGGGGAAAGGGAAUCUCUGAAGAGUCUCCAGAGUGACGGGUACCACGAGGACACUAGAAUAUAUGAGUGAAGACCGGCGGCACAAAGAGGAAGCAGAU